UGAAUGGGAUGCCAGCCAGUCAGAUGUCCACUCCUCAUUCGGGAAAAUCUCCCAGCCCCUCCCCAACCAGCCCCGGCAGCCUCAGCAGACGCAGAGGAUCCCAGGGUUCUUCCACCUCUCUGUCUUCCGCUCAAGUUACCAGCCCUGUGGAAGAUUGUGAUAGACUCAUCACCGAAGCUGAGGUUUUGAUGGAUGAUGUUCCGGCUGUGCCAUCCUACAUAUCAGACCGCUACAAGGUGGGGCGGAUGUUAGGGGAUGGAAACUUUGCAGUCGUCCGGGAAUGUGUGGAACUCUCUACAGGACGCGAGUAUGCUCUGAAGAUCAUAAACAAGGGCAAAUGCAGGGGCAAGGAGCACAUGAUCCAGAACGAGGUAGCCAUCCUCCGUAGAGUCAAGCAUCCAAAUAUUGUCUUGCUCAUUGAGGAGGUGGACACCUACAGUGAACUUUACCUGGUCAUGGAGCUGGUGAAGGGGGGAGAUCUGUUUGACGCCAUCACCUCUGCCAACAGAUACACAGAGAGAGAUGCCAGCGGCAUGCUUUACAACCUAGCCAAUGCCAUCAAAUACCUCCACAGUCUCAACAUUGUGCACAGAGACAUCAAACCAGAAAACCUACUGGUUUACGAGCAUGCCGAUGGCAGCAAGAGCCUGAAAUUGGGAGACUUUGGUUUAGCGACUGUGGUUGAUGGACCCCUCUACACUGUCUGUGGAACCCCAACAUAUGUAGCACCUGAAAUCAUUGCAGAAACUGGGUAUGGCCUCAAAGUGGACAUCUGGGCAGCUGGAGUCAUCACCUACAUCCUGCUGUGUGGUUUCCCGCCAUUUCGAGGGAGCAGUGAUGAUCAGGAAGCACUUUUUGAUCAGAUUCUGAUGGGACAGCUGGAGUUUCCUCUUCCAUACUGGGACAACGUGUCAGAGACAGCUAAGGAACUCAUUCGAUCUAUGCUGGAGGUGGAGAUGGAUCAGAGGUACAACGCCCUCCAGGUGUUGGAACACCCCUGGGUCACUGAUGAAGGUCUGUGUGAGAACGAGCAUCAGCUGUCAGUAGCGGGAAAGAUAAAGAAACACUUCAACACCAGUCCGAGGGUCAAUGACACCACCGCUGGAGUGUCAGUCAUUUCUCUGGAUGACAGCUUUUCUAUGCAGAGAUCUGGGUCGUUGGAUUUCUACCAGCACCCCACCAUGUACUGGAUAAGUAUGUCCUCCUGUGCUUCCCUCUACCAGGCCACCUCUCUUGAUAAGGAGGGGCAGGUUCUCAGACGAGGACGCCACCCGGAUGUGAAGCCGCCGCCUUUGCAGAUGAUCCAGACUGUAAAAACAGAAGUAAAAACAAACACACACUGGGCAGAGCCUCCUUGUUGCCUCCCUGGCCUGCCCAUGUCCCCAUUCUCUCUGACCCCUAACACAUGCUCUGACCCCUCUCCGGACUCCAGUCCCAAAUCGGACUCCGAUGACAUCUCCAUCAGCUCAGUCAGCACCAUCUGUUCCCCCACCUCACCCUUC